UUGACCAGCUUAAAUAACAAUUAUCUAACUACUGUACUCUUUAUUGACUUAUCAAAGGCAUUUGACUUCGUUGCACAUAAAACUCCUGUGAGCAAACUGGAAUCUCUCGGAAUCAGAGGACCCCCAUUAUUAUGGAUAUCAUCUUAUCUAAGUGGGCGUAAACAAAAAGUUGUCCUCAAAAAAAUAUUUAAUAAUGAAAUUAGUUCUAUUUCGUCUGAAUAUAGAGACUGCAGCACUGGUGUCCCACAAGGAAGCGUACUUGGACCCAUUCUAUUCAUACUUUACAUUAAUGACAUAACAGAAGUAACAAAACAUCAAUGGGCAUCAACAAAAUACAUAUUUGAAUGUGAUGGUUGUAGCAAAAAAUUUUCAACAAAAGACAUUCUCGCCAAACACAUUUCAUACAGUCAUAUGACGCAAAAGAACCAAAAGAACACCACUGCAGUUCGGACACAAGUUGAACAAACUCCAGUACCACAACUAACGGAAAUAUUUAAUUGUGAUAUUUGCGAAUUUAAAACAACUCAAAAAGGUCGCAUUUUGGCACAUCUUAAAGCGCACGUCGCUGAACAAGUGUGCUGUUGUAAUAAUUGUGAUUAUAAAAGUAUUAAAAAAGAUCGUUUGCAGAGACAUAUGAAAAUACAUACUGGAGAAAAACCUGUUUCGUGUCAUAUCUGUAAAUAUCAAUGCAUUCAAAAAAGUGAUUUGCAAAGGCAUAUGAAAAUACAUACUGGAGAAAAACCUUUUUCGUGUCAUAUCUGUGAAUAUAAAUGUAUAGAGAAAAGUAGUUUGCAAAGGCAUAUGAAAAUACAUACCGGAGAAAAACCUUUUUCUUGUCAGAUCUGUAAAUAUCAAUGCAUUCGAAAAAGUCAAUUGCAAUCACAUAUGAAAAUACAUACUGGAGAAAAACCUUUUUCAUGUAAUAUCUGUGAAUAUAAAUGUAUAGAGAAAAGUAGUUUGCAAAGGCAUAUGAAAAUACAUACUGGAGAAAAACCUUUUUCGUGUCAUAUCUGUGAAUAUAAAUGUAUAGAGAAAAGUAGUUUGCAAAGGCAUAUGAAAAUACAUACUGGAGAAAAGCCUUUUUCGUGUCAUAUCUGUAAAUAUCAAUUUAUUCGAAAAAGUAAUUUGCAAACACAUAUGAAAAUACAUACUGGAGAAAAACCUUUUUCGUGUCAUAUCUGUGAAUAUAAAUGUAUACAAAAAAGUAGUUUGCAAAGGCAUAUGAAAACACACACAUGA